AGGACAUAGAUGCCGGUUUCAGUAGAGAGGAAGAGGAUGAGAUAAUUGCAAUUUGUAAAUUUAGUUAUUUAAUUUCUGUUUUGAAAAGCGUGAAUUUUUCCUUUAAUAACAUAUUUCUGGGAUCAAUGAUCACACAUAACUCAAUCUCUCCACUCACAUAUAUUAUUCCACCCUUUACCCUUACCAACUUUAUUCCUUCCGCCACCACUCCACCACCACCACCAACUUGAUCCCUUCCACCGCCAUUCCACCACCACCACCAACUCUCAGAUAAGAAGAAUGACAUCUUUAGGUGCUGUUCUUUCUCUUAUGAAUGCUAUAUACAAUAUUUCCCAUUGCUCUCGUUUUAGCCUUAUUGGUGACUCUCACCAAAUCAUAUAUGUCGUGUACAACGAGUUGCAGCCUUGGCGCCAAAUUCUGGAAAGAUUGGACAAGACGAAGCCAAGCCGGAGCAGGAAGAAGGUGAAUGCUCUGGAUGGAAGAAUCAAAGAGGUAAUCUGGAAAUUCGAAGACUCGUUGGAAUCCCUUCUCACUCAACACAUUACUUCUUCACAACUCGAAACUCUUCCAGAGAAAGUCUCCAUUGAUCUGCAGAGUCUGCAAAAUGAUGCCGAUUCCUUGAUCCAAACUCUCAAGGAUAUGGAGAAGGAGUACAUCUAUGAAGUGGAGAAUAUGCCUCAAGACGGACCUAAUUCCUCAUCAUUUGGUUUCCCUGGGACCAAUUCUAAGAUGAUUGGAUUAUCUGACCAAUUUGAGGAACUCAAAACCAAGCUUCUGGUAGAUCGCUACCGGUCGCAAUUCCACUGGCUAUUUGGAACGGCAGGAGUUGGGAAGACAACUCUUGCUAAGCAAAUUUAUCAAGAUCCAGAAAUUCAUAGCCUAUAUGAGUGUCGCGCGUGGGUGACAGUUGGCCGAGUACCUCAGCCGUUCAGUCAAAUUUUGCAAGGCGUUCUUGCUCAACUGUGUGGAAUUACUCAAGGAGAUGAAGAAAUGGACUACUACAGAUUGAAAAGAUUGAAAGAAAGAUUGAAAGAAAGAUUGCAUGGCAAAUAUUGCCUUAUAGUGUUGGAUGAUGUCUGGGACGAUGAUGCAUUGAGUAGAAUGUAUUUCUUUGAAGAUAUCCAACUCCAAGAUGGAAGCGUUCAAGUCUUGCAUACCAGCCGGCAUAGAAAAUUGGAAAAUUAUCUUAGUGGCGAAUAUGGGUAUGAGGUGCGGUUUUUGAAUGAAGAAGAAAGCAUGGAACUACUGUGUGACAAGGUGUUUGGUGAUCAGAUUUGCCCUCCUCAACUUGAAAAAGUUGCCGCCAAAAUCGCCAAGCAUUGUGAAGGUCUCCCUCUCUUGAUCGUCACUGUUGCCGCCAUCAUUUCAAUAUCCGAGCAUAACAGAGACCCGGUCUACUGGAAUGACGUGGCAGAAAGGAGAAAUUCAGUCUUCAAGGAUGCAUAUAAUAAAAUAUCAAAGGUACUUUUCCCAAGUUACAACUACUUACCUCAAAAGCUUAAGAUAAUAUUUCUGUUUAUGGGAGUUUUCCCUCGAGAUUACAACACUCCCCCAUCCAAGAUCAACAUUAUGCUCAUGGCUGAGGGGUUGCUUUCCUCGUAUGAAUCGAGAUGUGACUAUCUGAAACAUCUAGCUUACAGCUACAGCCUUGUAUUAUGCAUCUUGAAGAGCACUCAAAAAACUCUUGCUUUGUGGCGAGUCACUGACUUUAAAACUUGUUGUCUUCAUUCUUCAUGGAGACAUGUGUGUAGAGAAGAAGCUAGUAAGAACAAGUUUUAUCAUGUCUUAAAUAAAUUAACUGAUGCCGAAGAACAAGUUCUAAAAGGUCAGCGUUGCUUAUGUCUUGAAAAUAACAUUUUAUUUGGCAUCAAUGACUUUCUUGACAGGGUGAGAUCGAACUGUGCAUUCUUUGCCCGUUCUCUCCUUUUCUAUGGUCCUUACCACCAAUAUCUAAUCCAUCUAGAUGUCGGUUUCAUGUUGCUAAGGAAAAUUGAUGCUCUUAAACAACGUUUCUAUAUGUUCCCAAUAGAAAUUCUGACCCUAGUCCAACUAAAGUACCUUACACUAACUUGCAAUGGCGAAAUCCCUUCAACCAUAUCCAAACUUUUCAACCUUCGAGUUUUGAUUAUCCAUCCGCAUAUGAAAAUUAGACGUUGUGGAGCUCCAUCAUAUGUACCGAUGGAAAUAUGGGACAUGAAAGAGUUAGAGCAUAUCGAGAUAUUGGGAAAAAGCCUUGUAGCUCCAUCUCAUGUUGUUUCAUUGAAAAAGCUGUCAAUUCUAGUAGGAGUGAAUGCUAGUAUUUGCACUAUCUCCGAACUCUCCCAAAGAAUUCCUAACAUAAAGAAAUUAGGAAUACAGAUUGAGGUCAAGCCUUAUGAGGAUCGUAACGUUCUUUUGAGUUGCUUUGAUUGCAUUUCAACACUUGAAAGCUUAGAGACUCUCAAACUUAGUAUCACAAAUCCAGUUAUCAAGAAAGGUCGUGUUUUCCCAGUAAGGUCAUUGAAGUUGCCAGUUAAUUUGAAAAAGUUACAUUUGAGUGGUAUGGGUUUUCCAUGGGAAUACAUGAAGGACAUUGCUUCUUUGCCAAAUCUUAAAGCUCUCAAAUUGCGAUCCUAUGCCUUUCAAGGUUCACAUUGGAAUAUAGAAGAUUAUCGUUUUCCGCAUCUUCAGUUUCUUCUAAUUGAAGAAAGUGAUUUGGUGCAAUGGGAAUCAAGAUAUGGAGUCUUCUCUGAGCUUACGUACUUAAGCUUGAAACAUUGCUACAAACUUCAGAAUAUCCGCAUACCUUCUCUUCAUACCCAUCGUAAUAUAGAGGUUGAAUUAGAGGACUGCAAUCCUUUAGCUUUGAAUUGGGCCAGCCAAUAUCAACCAGGUGCAAGUUCUACGCUUCAUGUUACUUCCACUUCUUCUUUUGAUGAGAAACCGACAACAAUCAAAUUUAAAAGGUAUGGAUUUGGAGUAAGGCAUUAUUAGCUCAAGAAAAGUAGGGAAGAGUAGAGCGAUUGUAAUUCACGGCCAGAGUGAUGAUGAUCAAUACCGUCCAUUAAUGGGGCUACUGAGAAAGAGUGUUCAUGAGGGAUAUACAUCUGAUCAUGAGGAUACUGAGGAAUAGAAAGAUGGUGAAGAAUAUGUGUCCGAUUAUGAGGGUACAGAGGUAUUGAAACCUCUCCUACAAAUAUCAAAAUUGAAGAAGUCAUCAGCAGAAGUGAAUGCAAUGCAGCAAUAUGAAAAAAAUGAAGUGUGCAUCAGAUUUAAUUUGUAACUCUCAAAUAAGUAAAAUGCUACAAGACUCUUCAUCUAACACAUCAAUGUAGAAGCUUGAAAGGUUGUAGAAUGUGUUAGGUCUUGUGUUUUAUUUAAUGCUUAUCUAUUAUGAGUAACUUAUAAAUAGUCUUGAUGUAAUGCUCCCUUCUAUAAGUGAAUAUCUUGAAUACAAAUCUAUUCAUCUUUUAUUUUU